AUGUUGGAUGAUGACGAUGAUGGUGAUGAUGAUGAGGUGAAUUUUGAGGACGAGGACGAUGAUGAGUUUAAUCCAGCUGAAAUUGUGUGUGAUCCCGCUCAUAGGCAACAAAUUGCUGAUUAUCAUCCGAAUAUUCAAGAUCAGGUGAGAAGAGCAUACAUAUUGAAGGGUCCAACCCGACCAACUGUCAAAUUUGAUCGCAAAAAAAUUGGUAGCAAGAACCGUGCAUUUUCUAAAAAUUGGUAUAAGAAUUAUGAGUGGUUAGAAUAUAGUGUGUCCGAGCAAGCUGCAUUUUGUUUCUAUUGCUUUCUUUUUAAGCAACCAGGAAGUAGUACACAUUUUGGUUAUGAUGUCUUCACCAAAAAAGGAUUCAGGGAUUGGAAGCAUGCAUAUCAGGCAUUGCCUGCUCAUGUUGGUGGGGUAAAUAGUGCACACAACAAGGCAAGAUUGCAUUAUGAUGAUUUUCGUAAUCAAAGGCAAAGCGUGUCUAGUAACUUUGCUAGGUCAUCCAAGGAGUCUGAAGUACUUUACAAAAUUCGGUUGCACACUUCUCUGGGUUGUGCAAGAUAUCUCAUUGCUCAAGGCUUGGCUUUUCGUGGCCAUGAUGAAAGUUCAACUUCACUGAACAAGGGUAACUUCCGUGAGAUGGUAGAUUGGCAUAAAGCUAGAGAUGAGAAAGUGAGGCAUGCUUUUGACCAUGGUAGUAGAAGCUGCAAGAUGCUUGCUGCUGAAAUUCAAAAAGAUCUUGCAAAGUGUUGCGCAGAAGAGGUCACCAAAGCGAUCAUGAGAGAAAUUGGUGAUAAGAAAUUCUCUGUGCUUAUCGAUGAGUCACGUGAUAUAUCUGUCAAAGAGCAAAUGGCGGUGAUGUUGAGGUAUGUCAAUGAUAAAGGGAAGGCCGCACUAAAGGUAGCUCUUGUUGACAUUCUUGAUCAUCAUAAGUUAUCCAUUCAUAGUCUACGAGGGCAAGGAUAUGAUGGAGCUUCAAAUAUGAGAGGUGAAUUUAAUGGUUUGCAAAAGAAAAUUCUUGAUGAGAACCCUUAUGCCUUUUAUGUGCAUUGCUUUGCACAUCGUUUACAAUUGGUGGUUGUCUCGGUUGCUAGUUGUUGCUCCUCUAUUCAUGAUUUGUUUGAGUAUGUCUCCUUAAUUGUGAGCACAACUACUGUAUCUUGCAAGAGAAGGGAUUCACUGAGGGAGGAACGUCAUCAAAAUAUCUUAGAUCAGCUUGAGAGUGGUGAGAUAUUUAGUGGAAGAGGUUUGAACCAAGAAACAAAUUUAGCAAGACCCGGGGAUACUAGAUGGGGUUCACACCAUACAACUUUGCUUCGUUUGAGUCAAAUGUGGAAGUCAGUCAUAUAUGUGCUUCGUGAGGUCAAUGAUGAAGGGCGCGGACCGUCUCAAGCGGCGGGUUUGAUAGAGAUAAUGGAGAGUUUCAAAUUUGCUUUCGUAUUGCAUCUUAUGAUAAAGUUGCUUGCUAUCACAAAUGAACUCUCACAAGUCUUGCAGAGAAAAGAUAUAAACAUUGUUAAUGCCAUUGAACUAGUUGGUGAUGUCAAAGCUCGGCUGGCCUCUAUGAGAGAAAGUGGUUGGGAAAGCUUGUUCGAUGAAGUCCAACACUUUUGUGUCGCCAAAGGUAUUCCGGUGCCCGAUAUGAAUGAAAGAAUACCGGUCCGAGGUCGUUCAAGGCUUGAUGGUGUGACUUACACCAAUCUUCAUUUCUAUCGAGUUGAGAUCUUCUAUGUCGCCAUUGACAAGAUAUGCACUGAGAUGAAUCAUCGCUUCAAUGAAGCAUCUUCAAAUAUAAUAGUGGCCUUCUCAUGCCUUCAUCCAAAAAAUUCCUUCUCCAAGUUUGAUGUUGACAAGCUUGCUAGCUUAACUGAAGUUUAUCAUGGAGAUUUCUCUAGUGGUGACCGUGCAAUCAUAAGAGACGAACUUCAGACUUACAUUCUUCAUGUACGAAGGCAUGAGGCCUUUUCUUCUUGUAAAGAUAUUGAAAGUUUAGCUACAACGAUGGUUGAAACUGAGAAACAUUUGGUUUUCCCACUGGUGUACAGAAUCAUAGAGUUGGCUUUGUUAUUGCCAGUCUCAACGGCAUCGGUCGAAAGAGCUUUCUCGGCAAUGAAGAUUAUCAAAUCUAAAUUGCGCAGCAAGAUGAUUGAUACAUGGUUUAAUGACUUGAUGAUUUGCUACACCGAGCGGGAGAUUUUUAAAGGACUUGAUGAUGAUGCUAUUAUUAAACGGUUUCAAGCCAUGAAGUAUCGGAAAGGGCAAUUGCCCAGGUCCAAUUAG